CUUUCAUACAGAAACUUACGUUUCAUUUCAGAGUUAUGUGCUCCAUCCAAUUGAAAACGGUGUUAUUUAUUUGUUUAAUAUUUAAAAUUUUCGCCACGUGUGAUAAUGAGUGCAACCUUGGACUCUUUCGGACUCAAAAUAAUGAUAAAGUGUUGAAAUCAAAAGAGGACGCAUUAAUAUUCGCUCACGUUAUCCAUCGUCACGGCGAUCGAAAUAUUUUAUUUUCUUAUAAAAAUGACCCCUGGAAAGAUGAGUCGAAUUGGGUUGGUGGAUUUGAAGAACUUACACGUGAAGGUAAAAGGCAAACAUUCGAAUUGGGCCAAUAUUUACGCCGUAGAUAUGGAAAAAUAAUUGGCGAUCAAUACUCGCCGAACAAAGUCUAUGUUAGAUCCACAGAUGUUGAUCGCACUUUGAUGUCAGCUCAAGCGAAUUUGGCUGGUCUAUUUCCACCUACCGCAAAUGAAACAUGGAACGAAUAUAUUCCAUGGCAACCAAUUCCAGUUCACACCAUGCCGAUUCUCUUAGAUCACGUGCUAUCACAUGAUUCGAAAUGUCCAAAAUAUGAUGAAGCACUUCAAAAAUUCUUGAAAGAAUCGACAGAAAUUCAACAAAUUUACACAAAAUAUGCCGAUAAAUUUGAGUAUUGGUCGCGAAUGACCGGAGAAAAUAUUACAACUAUUUUCGAUGCCUAUGAGUUAUAUGGAAUUUUUUACAUUGAAACUAUGCAAAAUAAAACAUUACCAGACUGGGCCAAAAAGGAAUACAACGACCCAAAUGGACUACUGUAUAAUAUUGGAAAAUUAAAACUAAUGAUAUCAACAUAUACCAAAGAGUUGGCCCGUCUAAGAAUUGGAUUUUUAAUCAAAGAAAUGUUUGAACAUUUUACUCAGAAAAUCAAUAACACAAUGAAGCCGGACCGAUCUUUGUGGAUUUAUAGUGCUCACGACCUGACAAUUGUGAAUGUACUGAAUGCUCUUGGAGUUUUUGAUCCGGUACACAUACCACCAUAUGCUUCGAGUCUACAUUUGGAACUCUACAGAAACUCUGCAAACGAACAUUAUAUUCAAAUUUUCUAUCGAAAAGAUAACGAUGAAGUUAUUUCUGCAAUGAAUCUGCCAAAAUGCGGGAAGAAAUGUUCAUUGGAACAACUGUACAAGCUUUACAGCGAGAUAAUUCCCGGUGACUAUGAUUCAGAAUGCCUAUGAAGCUUGAGUCAAUUGAGUAACAAUAAAAUUACGAAAGUUGAAAUUGAAUUUAAUGUUGAAUGCCAAAAGUUAAAAGAAAAAAUGAAUUCGUAGAUUAAAAAAUGAUCAAACUUUUGCAAAAAUAAAAAAAAAUCUGCGGUAAUAAUAAAGUGGAAAGUUGUCUCGGUA